UUGGUAAUUUGGGUGCAUGCAGGCGUAAUGCGGAGAGGCGAUCCCGGCUGCCGCGAUAACGCGACGCGCUGUCUGCGGUUUUAUUAACGGCAAACGCACAUAUGACGGACGAGCUGCGGAGAUCUGUGUGUUUAAUGAAGUUCCUUUAAUGAAGAUGGAUUUAUGUGUAAGGAUGCUUUAAUGUGAUGUCAGGAUCUAUUUGGGUCAUCUGGAAAUGAAGCGAUGGACUCGCGCUGAAAAUGCGGUGACUGAAGACUUCGGUGUCAAUACAGAGAGCUUCGCUCUUAUGAAGCAAACCUGAUCUAUUCUGCAGGUUGGUUAACCAAAACCCAGGACCCAGAUGGAGACACUACUUAUUUAUUUGAUUGUAACUGUAAUGGCAUUAAAAGCCCAUAAAAUCCAAGUGUGCCCCAAGCGUUGCAUAUGUCAGGUGCUCUCCCCAAAUUUGGCCACUUUAUGUGAUAAAAAGGGUCUGCUUUUUGUGCCUCCAAACAUCGACAGACACACCGUUGAGCUCAGACUGGGAGACAACUUUAUCACAACCGUCAAACGUAAGGAUUUCGCUAACAUGACCAAACUGGUGGACCUGACAUUGUCCAGGAACACGAUAGGCUCUGUUUCACCUCAUGCUUUCAAUGACCUGGAGAACCUACGCGCCCUUCACUUGGAUAGCAACCGUUUGACGGACAUAACGAACGAUACGUUCAGUGGCAUGUCCAAGCUGCACCAUCUCAUUCUGAACAACAACCAGCUCACGUACAUCCACAUAGGAGCUUUCAAUGACCUACUGGCUCUGGAAGAACUGGACUUGUCCUACAACAAUUUGGAGAGUGCGCCAUGGGUGGCCAUUCAACGCAUGAUCAGCUUGCACACCUUAAACUUGGACCACAACAUGAUCAACUACAUACCCGAAGGGACCUUCUCUGGGCUUCAGAAGCUCAAGCGCCUAGACGUCACCUCGAACAAGCUUCACAAGCUUCCACCUGAUCCGGUCUUCCAGCGGGCAGGUGUCCUGGCCACAUCGGGCGUUUUAGGCCCGUCGUCGUUCGCUCUUAGCUUCGGGGGCAACCCUCUUCACUGUAACUGCGAGCUGCUGUGGCUCAGGAGGCUGCGACGAGAAGACGACCUGGAGACCUGUGCGGCACCACAGCAUCUUGCCGGACGCUAUUUCUGGACCGUGUCUGAGGAGGAGUUCCUCUGCGAGCCGCCACUCAUCACCCGUCACUCGCAAGAAACCCGGGCCUUGGAAGGGCAGCAAGUUUCCUUGCGCUGCAAAGCCCGCGGAGACCCGGAUCCCGUAAUCCAUUGGAUCGCCCCCGAUGGCAAGUUGGUGUCUAGCUCCAGCCGCACCGUGGUCCACGCCGACGGUACUUUGGACAUUCUGAUCAGCACGGUCAAAGACUCUGGCUCAUUUACCUGCGUGGCAUCAAAUCCCUCUGGAGAAGCUCAGCAGACGGUGGACCUGCUUAUCGCCAAGCUUCCUCAUUUCACCAAUGACACCGGCGCAGUCCGGGAGCCGGACCCGGGGUCGUCCGACAUCGCUACGUCCACCAAGACUGGUAGCGACGGUGCUUCUUCAGCUGGCGGCAACAAAAGCGGACCGGACAAACGGGUACUCGUCUCUGAAAUCACCGCUUCCGCGGCACUGGUGAAGUUCAACUUUCAACGCAAUAUUCCAGGAAUUCGGAUGUUCCAGGUCCAAUACAACGGCACUUAUGAUGACUCGCUGGUGUACAGGAUGAUUCCUCCUAACAGUAAAAGCAUCACAGUCAACAAUCUGGCAGCAGGCACCACGUACGAUCUUUGUGUUUUGGCCAUUUACGAUGAUGCCCUGACUACGCUCACAGCCACCCGUGUGGUUGGUUGCGUUCACUUUGCCACAGAGCCACAGUAUUUGCGCUGCCAUUUCAUGCAGUCUCAGUUCCUCGGCGGCACCAUCGUUGUCAUCAUCGGGGGUGUCAUCGUCGCUUCCGUAUUAGCUUUUAUCAUCUUCCUCAUCGUGCGUUACCGAGUGUGCAAUCAGGAUGGGAUUGAUAAAGAAGUGGAACUGGGAGACAUUCGUUCCCAGUCCAGAGGUGAGCGGCUGCAGGUCUCCGGAAUCAUCAAGUCCAUGUCCAAGCAGGUCCUUGGCCCAGAUCGAGACACGUGUCGAAAGGUGUCACCGCAAAUCGAAUCCGCGCCUGGGGCCCGGAUCCCCAAACCCGCUCUCCCUGACUGUACGGUCUCGACUUCUUCGGCAAGCCACAGUUGGCACCCAGCUUCUCCGAGUCCCCUUCGACCAGCUCGCGCAGACUCAUUCACCGCCGCCCGAAAGCCUGAUGAAUCGAUCGAUGUAGAUGCGGACAAUGCCAACAAAAACAACUCGGCCAAGGUGCGUCCCAGACCUGCCGUACGGGCCCACUCGACCGUGGUGACUCCAGUAUCAAGACGAGCGCAGGUCCAGAAUCCCCGGAACUACAAGACGGUCCCAGUGGGCUGCGUGAGGGUGAGCCGUCGUCAUUCUCUGAACGUAGACUCAUGCAAACAACCCAAUUACCAGAGUUAUCAGCAGUCUGGCAGCCUGCGUUCCAAGCGCAGUUUAUCCGUGAGCGGCGGUGAUCUUCCACAGAUGGACAAUGCUGAGAGACGCAGCGGGAGAUCAUCGCUGUCCCAGUCCGAGUGGGUGCUAGAAAGCACUUUAUAAUGGAAAACAUUGUACUUGUAUUUGUGGUCUGUAAUAGAGUUUCAGACCUCCAGAUGAUAUUCUGUGUCCCACUAUAAGACUGUAAAGACUUUUUAAACCGUUUGGUUUCAAGCUCGGACAUGGUCACACUUGAAAUGCUUCAGAUGGAAAUGACUGAUACAGACCAAUGUUUUUUUAAGCACAAAUUAAAUACUGUUUCUUGCAUAUAGUAACACAAUACUAUGAGUUGUAUAUUUCUUUGUUUUAUGGAAUAAUACAGAACACUGCAUAAAAUGUUACGUUGUGUAAAAUAAAGUGUGAAAACGACA